UCAUCAUUUUUUUUGUUUGUUACCUAAAUCCUACUCAAAUUACAAAUAUAGAUUGUGUUUGGACAAAAAAAAAGACGAACAAAUUCAAUUUGACCGAAUUAUUAUUGUGGUGAACAAUCCUCAGAUAUUUGGUAUAUGAAAAAAAUAAUAACCAUUGAAAAACAAGAUUAUAAAAACGAUUAUAAAAUGUCUUCGUUGACACAACAACGUCGUGUUGUCGAACAAUUAAGACGUGAAUCGCAUAUCAAACGUAUUAUGGUUUCAGCUGCUGUUGAAGAUCUAAAGAAAUACGUCGUUGAACAUGCAUCCGAAGAUUAUCUGCUCGUCGGAUUUCAUUCACAAAAAGCUAAUCCAUUCCGUGAAAAGAGUUCUUGUGUUGUCCUGUAAUCAUCACAGUUAUCAUCUUUAUCUUGCCCCAAAUUUUGUGAAUGUAUAAUUAUGUUCCAUAUAUAUUUUUCUAAAACGUUAGAUCAAUCAAAUUAUU